ACGUUCUGGCUGUGUUUCCCUUCCGCAGCUUGAGACGAAACAUGCCAAAAGAAGGUUCCACUGGGCUGUGGUGCAUGCCUUGUCUCUUUUUCUCCCACUUCCCACCCACCAGUGGCCGAUCUCUCCGCUCACACAGGUUAUCCAAAACAGUCGUACACCCAUGGUAAUAAUAGUCAGCCGUGAUGGCAUCCGUGCUUUUUCACACAAGGCUGGACAAGAAGGCAAGCAUCCCGAUUUGUCUGUGAGCGCCGCUCGGUGAUGCAGCUCUUCGAGGGAAAUGGUGACAUGGAGAGUCAGUCAUUCGCAUCUUUCGCUCCAAUCUCACAAUCAAAACAUUCAAAUCACUCCUCAUUCAUGCAACUGAGAGGGUCAUAUAAGAUGAAGCACGAAAGCCACACAUAACACACGAUGCAAUCUUGCAAUUAACCCGGGUAGACGCCGACCUCAAGUCGGCGUCUCCCAUGCAUGAAUCGUACCGCCAUCGCCUUGUCGUGUGUUGUCGUUGCGACUGACCGGCCCUCUCCAAACACGAUAAACGUGACAACAGGAGAAUUGAUUAAAAUAGUAAGUCGUUUGACCAUCAGAUCGGCGAACCCAAGCAAAGCAAGCAAUCCACUCCUUCGUAUCCUCUCCCCUCAUUCAGACGCCAAAACAGCACGAGUCGUGAACUCAAGUGCCUUGCGCGCAGGUUAGGCCUGAGAAGAAGUCUAAGCGCCCGCCCACUCCGCCGCCUGUCUUGACAGGUUUCUUCGGGUCUUCUAGUCCCGUCCAGAACCCCAGCCCUGUCUUUCUCCCAAAAGUCAUAGUCACACGUCGUAAGGUCCCCGAGCGUUAGUAAACCUAAAGAAACGUCAGCAAAACAAACAUCCAUUCCAUGCCAUCUCACCCCUCCGCUGGAUCCCGAUCGGGGCUUUUCCCAUCCCACCAUCCAUCAGCAUUAUUCCAUACGUGCGUAUGCGAAUGUGCGUGCGGUGGAUCCGAUCAUGAUGAUGUGUGAGUGUGAGUGUGUGUGUGCAUGCCACUAUAAGGAUGGGUGCCGGUGGCCCCAAGCCUCCACCCACACGGGCACAGUGACAAACACAGACAGACAUCCCCUUUUUUUAGCCCCCGUCGUGCCGCAGCCGCCGCCGCCGCUGCUCAGCUCAUUCACAAAGCCCAUACGCCUC